GCAGUAACAAAAGGGUAGACUAAUUUUUAAAAAGUACUACAUAUGAAUAAGAUGUCUCUGAAAUGGCUCUCACUCCUGCUGCUGCUACAGCUGACGUGCUACUUUAGCUCUGGCAGGUGUGGAAAGGUGCUGGUGUGGCCAAUGGAAUAUAGUCACUGGAUUAACAUGAAGAUAAUUCUGGAGGAACUUGUCAGCAGGGGUCAUGAGGUGACGGUUCUGACAUCGCCAGCUGCCGUUGUUGUUGAUGUCAACAAAUCAUCUACUAUCAAAUUUGAGAUUUUCCCUACAUCGAUAACUAAAGAUUACUUUGAUAAUUUUGUCAAGCAGUUUAUCGAGAAAUGGAGACAUGCUACAAAAGAUUCACUUUGGACACAUCUUUUAAAAAUUCAAAAUUUCUUUUGGAAAUUCUCUGACAUUGCACUGAAGCUCUGUAAAGAUGCUAUAUUAAACAAGAAAUUUAUGACAAAGCUACAAGAAUCAAGGUUUGAUGUUGUUCUUGCAGAUCCCGUUAUACCCUGUGGUGAGCUGGUGGCUGAGAUACUCAAUAUACCGCUGGUGUACAGCCUCCGCUUCUCUCCUGGUUAUUCAAUUGAAAAAUUCGGUGGAAAGCUUCCAUUCCCACCGUCCUAUGUACCUGUUGUUAUGUCAGAACUUAGUGAUCACAUGACAUUCACGGAGAGGGUUAAAAAUAUGUUAUAUGUAGUUUUUUUGGACUUCUGGUUCCAGACAUUUAAUGAGAAGAAGUGGAAUCAAUUUUACAGUGAAGCACUAGGAAGGCCCACUACAUUAUUUGAGACAAUGGGGAAAGCUGACAUGUGGCUCAUUCGAAAUUAUUGGGAUUUUGAUUUUCGCCCACUGCUACCAAAUUUUGAAUUUAUUGGAGGCUUCCAUUGCAAACCUGCCAAACCCCUACCUAAGGAAAUGGAAGAGUUUGUCCAGAGUGCUGGAGAACAUGGUAUUGUGCUCUUUACUCUGGGGUCAAUGAUCAGUAACAUGACAGAAGAAAGAGCCAAUACAAUUGCAUCAGCCUUUGCCCAGAUUCCCCAAAAGGUUCUGUGGAAAUACGAAGGCAAGAAACCUGAUACCUUAGGACCCAAUACUCGGCUGUAUAAGUGGAUCCCCCAAAAUGACCUUCUUGGUCAUCCCCAAACCAAAGCUUUCAUAACUCAUGGUGGCGCCAAUGGCAUUUUUGAGGCCAUCUACCAUGGGGUCCCUAUGGUGGGCAUUCCUCUGUUUGCUGAUCAGCCUGAUAACAUCGCUCACAUGACAGUCAAGGGAGCAGCUGUAAGACUGGACUUGGACACAGUGUCAAGAACAGAUCUGGUCAAUGCCUUGAAGCAAGUCAUUAACAACCCUUUCUACAAAGAAAACGUGAUGAGGUUAUCAACCAUUCAACAUGAUCAGCCUGUAAAGCCCCUGGACCGGGCGGUCUUCUGGAUCGAGUUUGUCAUGCGCCACAAAGGAGCCAAGCACCUGCGGCCAGCAGCCCACGACCUCACCUGGUACCAGUACCACUCUCUGGAUGUCAUUGGGUUCCUGCUGGCCUGUGUGGCAACGGCUGCAUUUGCCCUCACAAGGGGUUGUCUGUUUUGUUGCCGGAAGUUGGCUAAUGCAGGAAAGAAAGCAAAAAGGGAAUAGCUGUAUCUGAGGCCAGAAGCGGGUAUGGCCCAGUAGAUGGAACUCUUCCGUUUAUUCCAGCAGGAAGGAGGUAUGACAAGGUUCCCAUCCUCCUGUGACAAAAUGACUUCUCAUAAUUUAACAUCUCAGGGCAAGACUUAUGCACCAGGGACUUUCUGCCUGUUUCAGAGUUAGACCUAGAUCAUGCCAAGAGGACACCUAGUGAAAAAAUCCAUCAAAAUAGAAUUACAUGGGUAUACAUUGAAGGUUAUUAUUUUAAUUCAAUAGUUAUAUCAAAAGACAUGAUUGAAUUUAACUGUGGUUCACAUGGGGUGCAUAGACAUAAGAACAAUAACAAGUACACCCAGAGUAUCCACAUGUUGUCGAUAUUCAGAAUAAUUAAAUUUAUUUUGGAGAAGAAUUUUACAGUUUUAACUUGCCAGAGAAUGUGUGCAAUAAUUGGAAUUAUGUAAGAAGAGUUACCCUUUCAUUUUUUUGUGAGACUCCUAAAACUUCUUGGUGUUUCCUCUGCAUCCAGCCUCAGCAUCACUUCCUGUCUAAAACCCUGGCAAGCCAGUUACCGUCAUCCACUUUAACGUAUUUCCCUGGGAAAUUUUGGAGAAUUCAAAAUAUAGGAACUGCUAUUAAAAAAAAUAGAUCUAUGUGUGAAAAUCUUUGAAUUCAUACCCUAAUUCUCAUUUUCUUAUUAUCUUUAAAAAUAUUCAUCUGAUGACUUCCACUCCCAUAUUCAGCCUCUGGUAGUUGACUUAAGUUCUCCACUGCAUAUUAACAUACUAAAUAACCUGUACUCCAAAGGGACUUAUUUUUCAUUUUCUACAAAUGUACCUGGAUCUGUCGAUCUAUAUCAGUUAAUUACUUGCAGAUAUGUUGUGAAAUAAAAUGUAUUUGUUGAACAAAGA